GAUUUCGAUUCGGUUGCAUGUUUUCUCAUAAAAAUAUAAUAAAUUUAGUAUACAAUCGGUUGAUGACAGUCGUCGGCCUUAAAACAUAAUAAACAACAAAGAAAUAUACAUUUAUGUUUUUAUUUUUUUAUAUUUUUCUUUUGUUUGAGUAAAAAUUUCAAUUAAGAAAGGAAAAACUGUGAUAACAUUCAUUCCAAAUCAAAAAUUAGCAAUUAAAUUCUAUGAGACAAGCAAACAGUCUCGCUCGCAUAAAAUCAAAAUAUUUAAGUCUACCAACAGACUACCUUUCAGACUAAUGACAACAAAAUCCAUGAACUUGCUUUGUAAAAAAAUCAAUAAAUAUUGAAUAAAUUUUUGUUGUUUCUUGUGUUGUGGUAGGAUUUUUCCAAAAAAAAAAAACAAAAAAAAAUUGCCCACCAACAAUAAAUUUGUGCAUGCAAACAAGACCACGGUGACAACACACAACGACGUGGUGCAAGGUGCAAGCAAGAAGCAAUCUAAGUACUAAGUUCAAAGAAAAUAAUCAUAAUCAUGUCGUCGGCUCGCAAAGCAACUGCUUUAGAGAAGCCUUGUGCUUCUCCUUCGAGUUUCUUGCACAAAAAAACACCGACGAAACCGAUUGCUAGUGAAGUUGUUGCCUCAUCAUCAACUUCAAAGUUAACGUCGGCAUCGGCGUCGUCGUCGUCGUCGUCGACGACACAAGUGACAACGAUAACAGCUCGGAAUGCGGGCAACUCUUCAUCCACCAGCAACGAGAUAAAGGUUGACAACGAUGAUAAUGAUGACUCAGGCGAGUUUCAUGAUGCCCUGAGUAUAGAAGCAAUGUCUACUACAAUGGACUUGGACAUUGCCUUGGAGGAGGCCAAAUUGGCUAUACACUACUUUUUCAACAACAAAUUCGAUGAUGCUCGAAACCUUUUGAAACCAUGGGCUCACAGUAGUAUGUACCAUUCGGUAGGCAAUAGUGUAUUUGCAUUCCUGGAAGCAAUUCUAACAUUCGAGCACAAUCACAUUGCUAUUGCUGCCGAAGAAUUAAAAACCUGCCUUGAAGUGUGUAAUAGACAUAAGCGAAAAAACACCAUUACAGAAUCAAUUGGAAAGAAAUUCAAAAAAACAAAUUAUGAUCAAUAUACAGAUUUAGAAGCCCACGCAGAGCUGUGUUCAGCUGAAGCGAUGCUCAUUAAAGCAAUGUUAACAUUUAUUGAAGAUGAAACAUUGACAAGUCUCAUAAAGGGUGGUAUGAAGAUAAGAAACUGUUUCAAUAGUUAUAAGGAAUGUGCAAAUAUUUUGACUCAAAGAAAUUGGAGUUCAGAAAAUUCGCAAAUACAUUUUGAAAGUGGAGUACGAAUGGGCAUGGGUACAUUUAAUCUAAUGAUAUCUUUGCUACCAGCAUGUGUGAUAAAAGUAUUAGAGUUUAUAGGAUUCUCUGGCAAUAAGAAAAAUGGCAUUGAAGAUCUUGUGACGGGAUAUUAUCUGCCUGGUUUGCGUCAAGUCCUCUGCGCAAUGACGCUACUUGGCUACCAUUUAAUUGUCUGCUAUGUACUCAGCCACCAAGAAGGUGACCUAGAAUUCUGCAACGAAGUCCUCAAUAAACAAUUAGAACAAUAUCCCGAAGGAGUAUGGUUUCUAUUUUUCAAGGGUCGUUUAGAAUUUAUGAAGGGCAACCUUGACGAAGCACAACAUUGGUACAAAAAGUCAUGGAAAUCACAAAAUGUUUGGCCUCAAUUUCAUCAUUUAAGUUUUUGGGAAUUAUUAUGGGUAAACUGUCUCAAAUUAGAUUGGCGAGAAUCAAGCCUCUAUGCAACGUACCUUGUUGAAAAAAGUAAAUGGUCUCGAACAAUAUAUUCAUACCAGAAAGCUGCAGUUCUUUUGAUGAUCGACGACAACGAAUUAACACCAACUGAACGCACAACCAUCGAUAAUCUUAUGAGAGAUGCUCCAAAGUACAAACAAAGAAUCGCCGGUAAAUCACUACCAAUGGAGAAGUUUAUAUGUAAGAAAUCCGAACGUUAUUUUGCCCAAGAUCGCAACUUAAUAAUGCCUGCAAUCGAGCUUAUGUAUGUAUGGAAUACGUUUAAAGUAAUGGGUAAACAUUUUCACAUUGCCGAUGGAAUCUAUCAAAUUAUUGAGAAAAAUCUUAAACAACAUGAAGAGAAAUCAACACCUAGUGCAUAUGAUUCAGAUAAUCUUGCAUUGAUACUUUUGCUUAAAGGAGCUUGUCUUAGACAAACUAAAAAUCCAUUUUUGGCUUUAAAGAGUUUAGAGUCUGUGAUGGCAUUACAGAGCAGUAUCAAAGAGGACAUGUAUUUGGUUGCUUAUGCCCUAGUUGAAAUAGGUUUAAUUUAUGCAGAAGAAGGACGUCGUGACCUCGCAAUAGCAGCUUUAGAAGAUGCUAAAAAAAAAUACACUGGUUACUCAUUAGAAUCCAGGUUACAUUUUCGUAUUCAUGCAGCAUUGACGGAACUUAAAGCUUGUGAGCGUUAAUAAAGCAAAGGAAAAAAAAAAUUAAAUCAGAAAGUCAUCAUAGCACACAUACAGACACAAAAUAUAAUUAACCAAAUUGAUAUGCCAAAAAUUAUUUGUUGAGUUCCAAAGGAAGGUGGCAGUACUUUGGUGUUGCUUAAUUUUGUUUAUUAGAAAAUAAAAAUUGUUAAUUAUUUAUUAUUUAAUUGCUUCAAACAAUCAUGGGAAAAAAUACAUAAUUCAAAAGCAAUAUAUUACAAUGAAAUGUU